AUGCCUGCAGAUUCGGAUGAAUUACUAUCAACUCAAGAGUACUUGGCCGGUUCCACAGUCUCAUCUCUUUACCGUCUAAGAGACAUUGAUGAUUCAGAUGGUGGUUUUUUCGUUUUUGGAGAUCUUUAUUGUAAGAAACAAGGUCAUUAUCGAUUACAGUUUAGUUUGUUUGAAAUAGUUGAAGGAACUGUACAAAACAAACAAACUAUUGUCUCUGAACCUUUUAAAACCUUCCUUCCAAAACAUUAUCCUGGUCCUGUUGAAGCUACCUUUCUUUCUCGUGCAUUCUCUGAUCAAGGUGUGAAAAUGAGAAUUCGAAAGGAACAUAGACUAAACUCGUAA